AAGAAGCUCACAGACGAGUCGAGCAGCAAUGUUCAUCAUGAGAGAUGAGAUGGAUGAGAUGUGCUGUAAAUCAGUAGGAACUGAUCUGUCUAUGCUGGAUAUUGAUGAUUUGAUGACAGAAAUCUCUCAGCUGAAGAAAGAGGUGGUGUUACUGGAGUCAAAGCUCAGACAGAGAGAUGAACUCAACACAAAGGAUGUAUCUGGUGUCUGUCUCUGUGGCUUCACUGAUCAAACAUCUACAGAGCUUCUGGUUUCUGUCUGUAAUGAUGAAGACCAGAAGACAUCAGUGAAUCUGAUGGACUGUGAGAUGGAAGUGAAAGAAGUCACAGAAGAAGAGAUAGAUGAAGGUGGUUUGAUUUAUCCAGACCUGACGGAGGUCAAACAAGAAGUCACAGAAGCAAGAGAACAGACAGAUGAAGAUCUGGUAGUGAAGGAGGAAAGUUCACCAUUCAGUAUAAUGGAGGAGAAAUCUCAUCAUUUUAUACCCAAGGAAGAAUCUCUGAGCUGCUUAAUGAAUGAGAAGAAUUUGUCACCAAAAAAGAGAAACAAACAAAAAACAACAGCCAAGGAUCCUUUUAUGUGUCCUCAGUGCAGACAGAUUUUCAGCCUUAAAUCUGCACUUAAAAGGCACAUGAAUCUUCACCAUGGAGAUACACUGAACAGAUGUGAUCAGUGUGGGAAGAGCUAUAAAAGUAAAUAUUAUCUAAAUGUGCACACAAGAAGACUUCACACUAGAGAAAAGCCUCACAGAUGCGAUCAGUGUGGGAAGGCCUACAUUCGUAAGUGUGAACUUACCAUCCACAUGAGAGUUCACACUGGAGGUAAACCGUACAGCUGUGAUCAGUGUGGAAAGAGCUUCAUUCGUAAAUGCCACCUUAAAGAGCACAUGGGCAUCCACAUUGCAGAAAAGCCUUUUAGAUGUGAUCAGUGUGGAAAGAGCUUUGGUCGUAGGUCAUACUUUAAUGUGCACAUGAGAAAUCAUACAGGAGAAACACCUAACAGCUGUUGUCAAUGUGGUAAAAGCUUUAAAGAUAAAUACUAUCUUAAUGUACACAUCAUGAGACAUCACACUGGAGAAAAACCGUACAGCUGUGACCAGUGUGGUAAAAGCUUUAAAGAUAAAUACUAUCUAAAUAUACACAUCAUGAGACAUCACACUGGAGAAAAACCAUAUAGCUGUGACCAGUGUGGAAAGGGCUUCAUUCGUAAGGGUGAACUUAAUCAGCACAUGAAACGUCACUCUGGAGAAAAACCUCACAGCUGUGAUCAGUGUGGAAAGAGCUUCAUUCGCAAAUCUUGUCUUAAUGUGCACAUGAAAAUUCAUACUAGAGAAAAACUUCAACAGAUGUGAUCAGUAGAGGUGUAACGGUUCUUGAUAAAAAUCAGAACAGUGCCGUUCACCUCCCUAGGGUCGGUACGUGGUUCAACGGCAGUUCAUCAACGCAUCUAGAAUGAAAGUUUCGAUGAAGCAACAAAAACAGCUGAAGCUCUGUUAACCACUGCGUGUGACUGUUCUGUUACUUGUGUCUCACAUCCUUUAGGGGGCGUGUACACAAAAGCAUUUAAACGUGGUUGAAAACGGCAGGCAGACACCGACUGUACUCAUUGCCACCUUUUUUAGCUGAGCACUUUGUUUGCUAUGAUACAUCUGCUUUGUUUAUUAGUAAUUGAACGAUGCUACGGUUGAUUGUUGUGUUAUGUAUCCUGCCCCCUCCUCCACUGUGAUUGGACGACCAAGUGAGAAGUGACAUUGAUGAGCUAAGCAUUUUCGCAAAGUUGAACAUUUUUUCAACUGUCAGUGCUGAGUGCAGAAAAAACGUCGAGUGCAGGCACUCAGUGCGAACAAAACCCACCAGCUACUGCCGUUUUUGGAAAGCGCUGCGCUUCCUUUGGAAACAAUUGAAAACAUACGUCAGCGUAAACGCCUUGGUGUGCACGCCCACUUGCAGUAGUAGAGCUGUCCAGUAAACUGCACGUGACAUUCCGAUAACAUCAUAAAUUCAAUAUUCAAAACAAAACUGCAGACAUUGUUCUGCGCAAGUCCCGCUUGCUACUGUAUAACAUUAGACAUAAAUACGAGGUCGUGUGUUAAUGUGCAUACAUGGGGAAUACAUUGACAUUUUCAAUUUCUAACAUACCCAGGAGUGUCACAGCUUUCUGAAACAGCCCCCAGUUUGGUUCUGUACAAAAUACGCAGUGUUUCUAUAAAUGUGGUUUUUACACCCGUAAAUUAACUGUGUAUGUACAGAAUAGGAUUUAGUACUAAAAGGUGAAGUGAUAACAGUGUGAGUGACUUUGAGGAUUUACUAAUUUUUGCAGGGUAAUGGAUGAAAAUUGAAAUUUCAUGAAAAUGGAUAUUAGUAUAAGCAGUACGAAUAUUUCAUAAGCAGAGCUUUUUAGGAAUCACAGGAAAAUCUUUAUAUGUAACAUUGUAAUAAUGUAUUACUUUAAUUUUUAUAAUGUAUUACUUUAAUUUUUCUGUUUAUCCACAUUUGCAGUUGUUUUUUCGUGGAAAAAUAAAUGAUGCUGGAGAAAAUUUGAAAUCUUUAGCCAUUUUCUUGUUUUUUAACACAAGAUUUUAUUAUAAUUUGAAGUAGUGUAAUUUAUUAUAGUGUAAUAUAUUGAGUCUGAAUAAAUUGCAGAGCUUUGAUGUGAGAUUACAAACAUAUUCUGUCCUUUAUGGGUGGUUUUCCAGACAGGGGUUUUA